UGCUUAAGUUAGAAUAAACCACCCGGUUAUAUUUUUCCACAGCUACAAGUAAACAAAAGCUGAAGCGGCCUUCAAGUGUUAAGUGUGGAAAAAGAUGUCUUGCGGCAAUGGCUGUGACUGAAGACAACACAGGUGUGUAUGUGGUUUUCCAAUUCAAGCGCAGAGGCCACGACUUUGAACUGGGUCGUGUUUUUCUGUCCAAGUCGGAAAGAGCUGCUAUUGCUGACAAGCUGCGAGAAGGCGUGUCCAUGGAUGCAGUACUGGAUAAUGUGCGGCCCAACGUGGAUGAGACAUUCCACCGCAUUAACCUGUUAAGCAAGCAGGAUCUCCGCAACAUAAUGAGGGAUGCCAGAGUCUCAAAGACCGAGCGGCUGCAUGAUAAUGACUAUGUGAGCGUGCAACUCUGGGUUGAGAGGAUGCAUAGUGAAAAGGAGAACCCAAUGCUCUUCUUUAAACACCAAGGACAACCUGACAAAAAGUGACAUUUUUUUAAAGAAAAAAUGAGGACCUUUUGGCUGACAGAGAUUUUAUGCUAGUCAUCAUGACCACACCACAACAGGAGCUUUUCAAGAGGUUUG